GAGUAGCCUAGUAUACCUAAACAAAUACAGAUUGAGAUAUCUAGAAUCUAGACUCUUAGUCUUACUCUAGAGAAAGAAUCUAAUCUAGAUCUAGAUUUAUUAGAAUCUAGAGACUCUAGACUAGAUCAUACCCUAAUUUAUAUAGAUCUAAUUACUAUAUUAUAGACCUGCCUAGACUGCCUAGAGUCUAUAUUUAUUAUGAUAUAAUAUAAUAUACUAUACUAGUAUACUAGUUUAGAUCUAGUCAAUCUAGUCCUAGGUCACUAGAAAUAGAAUUAAGAAUAGUUAUAAAAAGAAGUGCCCCAACGACAGUAAUGAUACUUUAUAGAUCAGAAGAAAGAGAUUAGAGAAGCCAAUCUAGACUAGACUACUACUAUUAUUUAAAUCCAGAUCAAUGUCAGGAAUAGGAAAGCAGACACACAAAGGGGAAGAAAAUUUUAAAGAGAAGAUGCAAAAAUUUUUCUUUAAAAGGACUUCAGCACCUCAUAAUGUGUCCAAAACAAUUACAAAGGAAAUUAUUUUCACACCUGAAAUACUCAAGGAAAUAGGACCAGAAAGUCCAGCCAAUAAUAGAAUUCGUACCAUCAAGGAACUUUGUGAGGUAGUCAAACACAAACAGCUUGAAGAUAAUGCUGUUGAGGCCAUGUGGUUGCAAAUUAGUGAUCUUCUGCACACCAGUAAUGAUCCAGAUAACAGACAGCUGGCUCUAUACUUCUUGCAGUGCCUCCUGGAGGGUCAACUUCAGUAUAUGAGUAUUCUAAGAGCACAUUUCUUUAGAGUGAUUCAAAGCCUGACUGAUGCAUCAGAUAUCUACAACAGACUGGAACUUUUCAAAACUCUCAGUGAACAAGGAAAAAACCUUCUUUACUUUGAAGAUAAAGUUGGCUCAUUCUUAUUGCACUGGAUGCCAGACGUUGUCUCUGCAGGAUAUGUUGCAUCUUUUCUGCCUAUUAUUUUAAAUGUCAUCAAAUACAAUGCUGCUUAUUUGGAUGAAGAUGUUAUGUCGGGGCUGGUACAACAAACCUGUAUGAUCCCAAACAGAACACGAUCAGAAGAGGAACUCACUAAAUGUCUGCAGGUGUUGGAUGCUGUUGUCUGCUAUAGUUACCUGCCUUCCGACUCCCUUUAUCAUUUUGUUGCAGCUCUGUGUCAUACUGUCGACAAAAAAGAGUACAGUGAAAAGUCCUGGGAACUGAUGAAAAAACUUCUAGGCACAUACCUGGGUCACAGUGCUAUAUGUACCAUGUGUUCCAUCUUACAAAACAAGAGUCAGCCUGUAGAUGUUUUAUUGUUGAGAGGAGCCAUUUUCUUCACUGGGAUGGCUCUGUGGGGCUCAAGAAGAGUCACAACCUUGAAGCACACAUUUACUUCUGUGUUACCCUCCUUCCUGCAGGCCAUGACCCAUGAGAACAGCAUAGUGGCCUAUGAAGUUGUGCUAAAUAUUCAGCGUUUGGUCCACAAGUAUGGCAAAGAUCUCAACUACAUUACCUGGGAGAUUGUCCUUGAUAUUGUACAGACAUUGCUCAAUCAAAUAGAUAGAUGUGGCUUUGAAAAGAAAGUGGCCACUGAGACUCACCAAGUCAUUACAACUAUAGAAACACUGAACAGCAGUAGACAGUUUUUUGGCCCAGCUGACCGGCUAUUUAAAAUUGUCGAACAAUGUGCAAACAGCCGACCAACAAGCUCAGUGUGUGGCCUAAUAGACUAUUACCACAAUCAAUUCAUUCAACCAAAGAAAGAGAACUGGAUAGAGAUAGAAACUCUUCAUAAUCUGAUGGAGAAAUAUUUCAAAUGUCAGACCAGAACAGAAAUAAGGAAAAAAACUUUGGAUGUUUUAUCUUGUGUACUCAGUGUUAAUACACACAUUCUUGAGAAAGAGUUGAUUGAGUAUGUGGUCAUCCCUCAUUUUAUCCACAUUGGCAGUGACCCUGACACUGAGGUCAGAUGUAAGGCUGUGGAACUGUUGAUAAGUCUCUGUGAGCACUGCCAGAUGAAUGAGUUUUUCGAUCUUAUGUUAAUAAUUGAAAACAUAUUAAAGAAACCCUUACUGGGAGCAUUGCCAGAUGGAGAAAAGAAAGAUGAGACACUUGCAACAUUUGAUGAAGGACAUUUGUUAGAUGUACAGACAUCAGUAGAAAAGAUCUGUGAUCUCUUUAAGAUCAAGUUAUACCAGGCUCCAGCCUCACACUCCCACAGACUUUAUGAACUCCUCAUUUCACAUCUGGAGCUGCACUACUCUCACCUGUACCUUAGUAAAACAGCAUGUGGCAUCCGUAAAACAAUUUUCAGUUUACUUUUGCUUCUGCGUGCUGAUAGUCAUACUAGAGUGGGACUAGCAGACAGGAAACCUGGGGAACGACAUGUGUUCAGCCCAUACUUAAUGUGUCAACCCAGUGAUGACCUAGAUGUCCUUGGCCUGAAGAGUCCCACUGUACCUGGACUUAGUGCCAGCCAGAUCUAUGCUGUCAUUGAAUAUGAGCACACAUUCAAAUUGUUUCUCUCCUGUCUGGAAAAAGAAAAGGACUGGCUAAUCCUGCAGUCUGUUCUGGACAAUUUGCCCUUGAUACUUGAAAACAAAACAUUAGUGCUGUCUGGAGACAAAGGACUCAUUGACGCUCUGUGUGGAAAACUGUGUGCUAUGGUGAAAGAUCGAACUGUAGACCAAUCACAGAAAUUGAUUAACCGUCCAGCAAGUUUUACACGUUCAGAUUUCCACACUUUUGUUUUUCCAGUUUUGGCUUCCAUUGUCACUUAUCAUACUUAUCUGGAUAAACAUCGUUUGAAAGAGUUAGUUAACUGCCUGGAGUUUGGUCUCGUCUCCAAGUGUGCUAAAGUCUGUGUGACCACCCUGAGGAUCUGCUCUCUGGAAAUGAAAGAACUGAUGAUGAGGAUGUUGCCAGCUGUCCUGCUGUCAUUGUCUAAAAUAUCAGCCACUAUCUCUAUGGCCAUACCAGUCUUGGCAUUUCUAUCUAGUAUUGUUCGUAUCCCAGAACUUUAUGCUAAUUUUGUUGAGGACCAAUACAUGAGUGUGUUUGCAAUAGCUCUGCCCUAUACAAAUCCUUUCAAAUUCAGCCACUACACAGUGUCUCUAGCUCAUCAUGUGAUUGGCAUCUGGUUCAUUAGAUGUAGAUUACCAUUCAGGAGAGGAUUUGUCAAGUACAUUCAGAGGGGAUUGAAGUAUAAUGUCCUACAAUUGUUUGAAGAAAAUUCAAUCCGACAUUUAAGUUCAUACAAUCAAGACUCUAGUGACAGAAGCCGCACAUGUUCUUUGAAUGAAGGACAUCGCAGGCGUCGUAAUAUGACUGGAAUUGAAGGCAUCAGAAAUGAUGGUCGAAUUCCAAUGGAUGAGAAAAUGUCCCAGUUUCACAAAGAGUUGACAGAGACAUGUGUAGAUAUGAUGUCUCGCUAUGCUUUUGGCAAUUUUUCAGCAUUGCCAGUUAGAACCCCUGUGGCACAGUUCCUGUUGAAAGAUGGCCAGUCUGGCAUGUGGGUUGUAGGGAAUAAAAUUAUCACAGUCACUACAAGUGGAGGAGGGGGAAAAUCUGGAAACUCUGGCCUGUGCGACAACUGUCUGGCUGUUUUUCAGAAUUCACAGAGAGAGCUAACAGGUGGGGCCAAAUCCAGUAAUGUUGCCACAGUAACAUCUGGAACUAGACGGAGACAUAAAUCUAUGGCAAGUUUAGGAAGAUCCCAGACACAGAUCGAUUCACUUGGAAUAUCCCUUGAGACAGACGAAUCUUUACACCCUCGCCGUUGUCGAGAUGACAUGAGUCUUCCUCAAGACAGCCAUGAUAUGUAUGGUAGAGAUGAUGCUGCUGUACAGACGGGGAGUUCACUUAAUAAAGAAGGAAUGGAUUCACUUAUAACAGAGAAUAAAAAUCUGGUGUCAGAAAUAAGAACAUUCUCUGCAACUCAGUGUAGCUGCUGGUGCACUAGCUGGGCAGAGGUCAAUAUUCGCGGUGCAAGUGGAGUUGUGUCUUGGAUGAUGAGAAUAGAGAAUGAGUCCAGUGGGUACAGUUUCUACUCUGACCCCUCUCUCCCUGACAUAACACAGUUGUUGGCUCCACUCAGAUGCAAGACACCUGAUUCUGACAGUAUUGGAAAAAUUGACAGUGGUAGUCUUUGUGAAGAAGAUUAUGAAACAUUGCACUGUCAACAUUUCUCAGGAACAGACAAAACAUUAGUUCUUGGAGAAAAUGAAAGUCAAACACAGACAUCAUCACAAGAGGCCUACAGUACUUCUGGACAAUCUGAGACAAGCUUUCACUCAGUGCUUAGAAGGACCAGUUCCUCCCCAACAUUCCCUAGUGGCUCUCUCAGCCAAGAACCAAGCCUGAAACACAGUGGGCCAGACAAGGAAUCAAUACUUGGUACCACUGUGAAGAGUUUGGAUACACACGGUUCCAAGAACAGACCUGAGGCUGUUGACUUUUCUCAAACUGAGUUUGACUCUGCUCCCAUCAUGUCUGCUAUCAAGAAAAUUUCAGAGGCUGUGGAGAGGAAGUCAGACUUAUCACUGAAACUUUCUAUGAAUGAAAACAAACAAAUGAAUACUUCCGAGCCCAACCUCUCGCAGAAAUCUUUUGAAAGUAAUGACAGUGUAUUCCAACCCACUUCUGCACCUGCUGUCAAAAGGGAAGGGUUUGAUCCUGCUCCUUUCCGAGGCAGAGCUGAAACAAGUUCUGGAGAGUUACGUAGAUCUAUCACAGGAUAUCUUGAUGGAAGGAGACCUGCACAUAGGAGUUUGUCUAUGGAUCUAGAAGGGAAGAAGAGACCUGAUAACUUGCAACUGUUAACUAACCAUAACAAAGACACCUCGCAAGGACAAGCUUCUCCAACUGAAGGAUCCAACUCGUCCUCUCUUCAAGAUGAAGUUCCUGAGAUGAGACAAUUGAAGAGACGUGGUCACACUAUCUCUGUCAUACACUCAGCUUCAGAUUUGAGACGCACUGAAGAUGUUGACAGCCGAUCUCAAGGUCCAAGCAGUUUCAAAGACAGUAAGGUUGGACUCAACCCCAGCUAUGUCUUCCUUCAGCUGUACCACAGCCAUCCAUUAGUUCAGAGUCAGGAGGUACCUCUUAAAGUGCCUGAGACUGAGAAAUUUCGUCGUACAGUUGACAUCCUGGACCAUAUCUAUCCAUAUGAGACGCACAAAAUUGGAGUGCUUUAUAUGGGGAAAGGACAGCCAAGUGAUGAGAAGGUAUUGCUGAGUAACGAGUAUGGCUCUCCUCGUUACAUCAAGUUUCUGCUAGGACUGGGGGAUAUGAUCAGCAUAGAAGAAGCAGAGAAAGAAAAAGUUUACUUGGGAGGACUUACUCCUAAUGAUGGCAAGUUCACAGUGACUUGGCAGGAUGAGUGCCUUAGAGUUAUCUAUCAUAUUGCAACACUGAUGCCCAAUCGACAAGGUGACACACGCUUUACAAACAAGAAAAGUCAUAUUGGGAAUGAUUUUGUCACUAUAGUUUACAACGACAGCUCAGAGGAUUAUAAAAGUGGAACUAUAACUGGUCAGUUUAACUUUGUUAGUAUUAUCAUUCGACCUUUGGAUUAUGAAAGCAAUGCUGUGACUUUAUUAACCAAAGAAGGUUUAGGAGCAAUGAAGGAUAUUGCUGACAUACUGGGACACACACAUACUAAGAUUAUAUCUGAUCUAAACCUGCCCCUGCUGGUCAGACAGAUUGCAAUUAACUGUAAUCUGGCUUCCAUGGUGUUGCAACGCCAGCAGUCUACUGUAGGAAGCCCUGAAGUGUUUGCCUCCAACUGGUUAGAGAGACUGAGACAGAUCAAGUUACUCAAACAGAGAAUACUGGAACAUCAGCCAGAAGAAUCAUCCACUGAACAACCUGCUAGUCCAUCUCAUAUGUGGCCACCCACUGGGGCCAGUGGAGAUACUGUUGGUGGAGCCUAUGAAGAUUUUACAGAUUAUCUGUAAAUUUCUGAGGCCUCUUGUUUAAACUAUUUUGUAUUUUCAUUUCUUUUGAUUCCACAAGAAUGUCUAAUUUCAAGUUGUUUUUUUUAAUACUAUCACUGUCUUUCAUAGUUGAUAUGAAAUCAAAUGCAUUUAUUUUUGGUUUUAAAUCAUUUUUAAUUGUUUUGUUGCAUUCUUAUUUUAUGUGGAUGUUUAAAAACAAAAGUUUCAUGUGUUCAGAUAUUUUGUGUGUGUAUAUUAAAAUCUUGUUGGCAAUGAAGUAAUUUUUUGAACUGUACUGCAAGUUUAACUUAAGCCUUAGAUUUUUAUUGGAACUAUGAAACUUUUCACUGAGACUUUGGCCAAUUUAAUUUUAAAAUGUAUUUUAUACCUGAACAAAAAAAAUAAUUAUUGGAAGUUGCUACUAAUUAAAGAUGUGAUGUCAAUUAUCUUGAAACUAAUUAACAUUUUUUUCCCUAUUAAAUGUCAAAUAUUAAUUUUUUGUGAAUGUAAAAAAAACAACAACCAAAUUAAGUCAAAGAUAUUUUAUGGCUGUGACAACUCUUGAAAUUACUGAUGGGAAAAAAAAAAAGCAAUCCUUUAGAACUUUUAGUUAUAACCUUUUUUAUUAUUUAAUUACCUCUCACUACUUUACAUUCAUACAUGUUAGGGUCUGCUGACCCUUUUUUUUUUUUUUCUGUUUUAAAAAGUUUCAAUCAAAGAACUUGUUUAAUUCAGUCUAAUUAUACAUUUGCUGUUGGUAAUCAACAAUGAUCAUGAUUUUGUUGCAUGUGGAUAGUUAAGAAAUGCAAAGCCAUGGGUGUGAUUGCUAACAUUGAUAGAAAUAUUAAAAUAGAUUUAUUCAUAUCUAUUAAAGAAAUAUUAAAACAAAAAGAGAAAUAAAAUUGAUUUAAAAAUCA